AGAUUACGCGACUCAAGAGGCAGGCGCAGUUGCCGACUUGUCCAUAUCCGCCGAACGCUGACGGACGGUGUCAGUCGUGUUAGCUUCCUCCGGUAGAUAGUUAGCAACUAGCCUAACUAGCCUCAGAGUUUAACAGCUGUUGUACGCUUCCGCACGAGCGUUUGAACGCGAAGCUUGCGUGCUGUCUCGUCCUGCAAUCACUCGUCCAUCCCGGACGCACGCGCCGCGUAUCCGUGUGUUUGAUCGCCUCCCCUUCCCCUUCCUUUCCAGCAGUGCGUGUGUGUGAGAGAGAGAGCGCACGCGUGUUUGUGUUGCUGUGUGUGGCGUUAGCAAGCUCUCUCCUUCUACUGUGACAGUCGAGUGUGUAUCCAGCACCAGUGGAUUGACAUUGUCCACAGUUGACCCUAAAAGCAUCAUCAUGCUGUGGAGCGGUGCAGUUCGCGGCGGCCUCGGCCUCCUGGCCGUACGGAGGGCGUGUCUGUUCUCCCGGUCUGCCCACUCCUCCCCCAAGAGUGGCGAGUAUCGACCAAUCAAAAAGGUCAUGGUGGCCAACAGAGGGGAGAUUGCCAUCCGUGUGUUCAGAGCAUGCACAGAGCUGGGAAUUCGAACCGUGGCCGUUUACUCAGAGCAGGACACCGGCCAGAUGCACAGGCAGAAGGCAGAUGAAGCCUACCUGAUUGGAAAGGGUCUCCCUCCGGUCGCCGCCUACCUGGACAUCGCUGACAUCAUCAAAGUUGCCAAGGAAAACAACGUGGACGCCAUCCACCCCGGCUACGGCUUCCUGUCGGAGCGGUCGGACUUCGCCCAGGCGUGUGCCGACGCGGGGGUGAUGUUCGUGGGGCCGUCCCCGGAAACGGUGCGCAUGAUGGGGGACAAGGUGGAGGCGCGCUCCCUGGCCAUCCGUGCAGGUGUGCCGGUGGUCCCGGGUACUGACGCCCCCCUCACCUGUCUGCAGGACGCCAAGGCCUUCGCCCAGACCUACGGCUUCCCCAUCAUCUUCAAAGCAGCCUACGGUGGGGGGGGCCGUGGCAUGAGGGUGGUCCGAGAGUACGAGGAGCUGGAGGAGAACUACCAGAGGGCCUACUCGGAGGCGCUAGCCGCCUUCGGCAACGGCGCCCUGUUCGUGGAGAAGUUCAUCGAGAAGCCGCGGCACAUCGAAGUGCAGAUCCUCGGGGACAAGUUCGGUAAUGUCAUCCAUCUCUUCGAGAGAGACUGCUCCAUUCAGCGGCGACACCAAAAGGUGGUGGAGAUCGCACCGGCAUUCCAGCUGGACCCCCACCUCAGAGCCCGUCUCCACACUGACUCCGUCACUCUAGCCAAGCAGGUGGGCUACGAGAAUGCAGGAACAGUGGAGUUCCUGGUGGACAAGCACGGGAAACACUACUUCAUCGAGGUCAACUCCAGACUCCAGGUGGAGCACACAGUCACCGAGGAAAUCACAGACGUGGACCUGGUGCACGCCCAGCUGAAGGUCUGCGAGGGCCAUAGCCUGCCCGACCUGGGCUUGAGCCAGGACAAGAUCAGGGUCAACGGCUGUGCCAUCCAGUGCAGGGUGACCACCGAGGACCCCGCCCGCGGCUUCCAGCCCGACACCGGCCGCAUCGAGGUGUUCCGCAGCGGCGAGGGCAUGGGCAUCCGGCUGGACAGCGCGUCGGCCUUCCCGGGCGCCAUCAUCUCCCCCCACUACGACUCUCUGCUGGUCAAGGUCAUCGCCAGCAGCAACGACCUGCAGGGCGCCGCCUCCAAGAUGAGCCGUGCCCUGGCCGAGUUCAGAGUCCGCGGCGUCAAGACCAACAUCCCCUUCCUGCAGAAUGUUCUCUCCAACACCCAGUUCCUCCACGCCACGGUGGACACCCAGUUCAUCGACGAGAACCAGGAGCUCUUCAACCUCAAGCCCACGCAGAACCGCGCCCAAAAGCUGCUGCACUACCUUGGUCAUGUGAUGGUGAACGGACCGACCACACCCCUUCCCGUGAAGGCCAAGCCCUCGGCCAUCGACCCCGUCAUCCCUCCCGUUUCCAUGGGUGACCCUCCGCUGGGCUUCCGGGACAUCCUGCUCCGGGACGGGCCGGAGGGCUUCGCAAAGGCAGUGCGGGCCCACAAGGGCCUGCUGCUCAUGGACACCACCUUCAGGGACGCCCACCAGUCGCUGCUGGCCACCCGGGUGCGAACCCACGACCUGAAGAAGAUCUCUCCGUUCGUCAGCCACAACUUUAACAACCUCUACAGCUUGGAGAACUGGGGAGGCGCCACCUUCGACGUGGCCAUGCGCUUCCUGUCCGAGUGUCCGUGGAAGCGUCUGCAGGAGAUGCGCGCCCUCAUCCCCAACGUGCCCUUCCAGAUGCUGCUGAGAGGGGCCAACGCCGUGGGCUACACCAACUACCCAGACAACGCCGUGUUCAAGUUCUGCGAGGUGGCCAAGGAGAACGGCAUGGACGUGUUCCGCGUGUUCGAUUCCCUCAACUACCUGCCCAACAUGCUGCUUGGCAUGGAGGCGGCGGGCGCGGCGGGCGGCGUGGUGGAGGCCGCCAUCUCGUACACGGGCGACGUCUCCGACCCCGCCCGCCAGAAGUACUCCCUGGACUACUACAUGAAGCUGGCCGACGAGCUGGUCCGCGCAGGCACCCACGUCCUCUGCAUCAAGGACAUGGCCGGUCUGCUGAAGCCGGAGUCCAGUAAGAUGCUGAUUGGUGCACUGAGAGACCGCUUCCCCGACGUGCCCAUCCACGUGCACACACACGACACCGCCGGCGCUGGAGUGGCCGCCAUGUUGGCGUGCGCCGAGGCCGGAGCCGAUGUGGUGGAUGUGGCGGUGGACUCCAUGGCCGGGAUGACCUCCCAGCCCAGCAUGGGGGCCAUGGUGGCCUGCGCCAAGGGAACCAAGCUGGACACCGGCAUCCCCCUGGAGAAGGUCUACGACUACAGUGAGUACUGGGAGGUGGCCAGGGGGCUGUACGCGCCCUUCGACUGCACCGCCACCAUGAAGUCCGGCAACGCCGACGUCUACGAGAACGAGAUCCCCGGCGGGCAGUACACCAACCUGCACUUCCAGGCCCACAGCAUGGGACUGGGCCACAAGUUCAAGCAGGUGAAGAAGUCCUACACCGAGGCCAACAAACUGCUGGGUGACCUCAUCAAGGUGACCCCCUCCUCCAAGAUCGUGGGCGACCUGGCCCAGUUCAUGGUGCAGAACAACCUGACCCGGGCGGAGGUGGAGGAGCAGGCGGACGAGCUGUCGCUGCCCCUGUCCGUGGUGGAGUUCCUGCAGGGGCACAUCGGCAUCCCCCACGGGGGCUUCCCCGAGCCCCUGAGGAGCAAGGUGGAGCUGGAGCGGGGGAAGACCCUCCACAUCAAGGCCCUUGCCCUGGGAGACCUCAACAAGGCAGGCCAGAGGGAGGUGUUCUUUGAGCUCAACGGGCAGCUGCGCUCCGUCCUGGUGAAGGACACCUUGGCCAUGAAGGAGAUGAAGUUCCACCCCAAGGCCCAGAAGUCCAUCAAGGGCCAGGUGGGCGCGCCCAUGCCGGGCAAGGUCCUGGAGCUCAAAGUGGAAGUUGGCUCCAAGGUGGAGAAGGGGCAGCCCCUGUGCGUGCUGUCGGCGAUGAAGAUGGAGACGGUGGUCAACUCCCCCCUGGCCGGCACCGUCAAGGCCCUCCACGCCACGGUCGACUCCUCCCUGGAGGGUGACGACCUCAUUCUGGAGAUUGACGAGGAGUAGGACGACAGACGGCGACGGAGGAGGAGGAGGAGGAGGAGGAGGAGGAGGAGGGGGGGGGAGCAGAGUGUGGGUGUGUGCGGAGGCGGGGCCGGGUGACAUUUUGAUACCAGAGAGAGAGGCGGACGUGUGGACAGAGUGGAGGGUGAAACCGAGGGGGGAGGGGUGGAGAUGUAAAAAUCUGAUUUUGUUUGAGCUUGAGGCGGUUGGUGUGCGUAAAUGGGCUGAUGGAGUUGACGGGGAGCGCGUGGGGAAAAGGGCAGGGCCGGUAGCAGGGGAGAGAAGUCUUGACAUUCUGGAGUCUGUUCCUUAAAAGAGAGGAGAAACAAGGGGGAAAUAAAUACAGCCGAAGGUCUCUCUCAGCCAUCCCUGUUGUGUCGGAGACGGCAGAUGCGAGCGGUGGUGUGUUAACAUUAAUACCCCUUAAUACCUUCCCCAGGACUUCUGCAUCGAUCUCAGCCCCCACAACGCCAUCCAAGUGCAAAUUAGACGACUUUAGUUUGAAGUCCAAUCCAAUCUGAAAUGUGCCGAUUAGUCCUCCUAGUAAGAUAAAUUAACUCUGCGUUACUUUUGUUUUCCUUUAGAGCCAGAUGUAAUUUCAACACUAAUUAAAACGCUACUUUCGCAACAUUCCAUGAUUUAGCCCUUUACGUUGUCCAACAAAUGUAUUUUUAACACUAACGCAAGACUAUAAAAUCGCUACGCUGUUACCUCGCUGUUUCCAUUCAUAUACCAAGAAUGGAAAUAUCUCUUGACCCAGCAAUUGAAGAAAACAGUGAAAGGCCAACGUGUUUUGAGGAGGACCAUUAGUCACUGUGGGGAGGGGCAACACAAGGAUUAGAAAGAACUAUUUUGCCUAGGGUUUGGGAAACCCAUGUUCACGUUAUGUUUCACUUUUUUGUCUUUAAAAUCAUCUCAUAGAUAUUAGUUAUUCAAUUCUUCUGCAAACAUGUACUGUUUUUCUUUUAAAAUUGUUGAAUUCACUGUCCUUAACUUAUCGUCAAAGGCUGCGAACACAUCGAGGGAGGGAGGGAGUUUGUAAUAUUUUCUCGAUUUCCACCAACUUCUAACGCGUUCAGAAACAUAACAUCGGACGGAGAUAACGAUGGCUAGGGACUCGUCUGUCCACCGUCUGUCUCUGAGUCCCCUCGUCUGGGGUUCCCGUUAAAAGGUGUGGAACGUCUUCUUUGUUGAUUCCAGACUCGUAUUAAUUCCACCAGGACCUUAAACACACAAGAUAAAAUUGCAUUUUUAAACACGGUAGGCACCGUAAACGGGGGCAAUGAAAAGUCUGCGUUAAGAGAAAACGUUGAAGUUAGAAGCUCAAAGGAAGGACGGCCGUCCUUGUUUUGGUCCAACAGCUUUAUUGAACGGCUUUGAAAGGGAUUAACUGUGGCCUAAUGACGGCGUGUUGUGGGGCUGUGUUUGACUCAUUCUCUGACUAAUUUAUCAAUUAAUUCCAUCAAACGAUGGGAAAUCAGCCACACUAAUGAGCCCCGGGGGGCUGGGAUACGCCACCUGUGUAUGUGUCUGUGUGUGUGUGUGUGUGUGUGUGUGUGACUACAUCUUUGCUAACCCAAAACAGCAGAGGGAAUGUUAUCGUUUGUUUGACACACAAACUUCAUUAAAUUUACAACCCAGUCUGGUGGACGUAAAAUAUUCUCACACACACACACACACACACACCAGUGUGCUCACAGGCGAAGAUAAAUGCAAGCGUCGGCUAAAAAAUAUUACGCACAUAAGCACAAAAACAUCGACACUUUAAGUGUGGUAUAGUCACCAUGGAAACCAAGCACAAAAUGUACCUUGUUUUGACACUUUGUCGUUUGUCAUUGAGCUCACGUCUCUCCUCGUUUAAACUGUUCGUGUGUGGUCUUCACGUUGCUGUGUUUAGGUUAUGCGAGUGUCUAAACCCAAACCAAAACAUGAGAUGGUGUGGCCAUUCAUUCAUGGUGCUGAGGAAUUUGGAGGACCCUUUUGAAGACUAAAAAACACUUGGCCCUUACUUACAAUGGAGUGUGUGAUGGCUGGAAGGUGUUCGCCUAGCCUGGUGACCUUCUUGUUUUGAUGGUAAAAGCCAUUGAGUACUCCCACAAACAUAACCUUGUAGAGAAGGCCUCCUCGCCGCCUACAGUUGUUCUCUCCUCUCACUGAAAAGCACCUGACGGUCGUUCUCUGAGACAUCGCUCCUCGCUUCCUCCCUCCUCCUCUCCCUCUCUGAAUCAUCCCCCCCCCCACCCCCUUCUCUAUCAAACUCAUCCCUGCACAUUUGCACAUUUACUACUUAAACGCAAUAACGCAAAAGACCUCCCACAUGGGGGCGUAAACUAAGGCUGCAGUGGCGCAUGAAGCAACUCGUGACAACGUACCACAAGCACGUAGUCGCUCGUAUAUCUUAAGAGUGGCGCUUAAAUGUUCGCUUUCUCACGGCCGCGAGGUUGUGAUGGGGACCUCUUGUUUUGUGUCUUUGUGCUUUGUGGAUGUGAAAAUAGGGCAGGAUAUGAAUAGAAGAUCUUUGGUUUUUGACUUUUUCUGUUUGUUUUUACAGGGAACCAACUGUUUAUUUACACUUGCUCUUUGGGUUUGUCAAAUGUCAACUCCGAAUUGGGGGGAACUGAGGUCCAUGAGGUUUUCCAAAAUGUUUUUUUCCAAGAUUUUUUUGUUAAAUUUCUUAGUCGUAACAUCUUAGACCAACUUCUGUUAUAGAAAAUACAAAUUUUGGUUGGUAGUUUACAUUAGUUUGACCUCGGGUCAGAUGUACAGUAUGAUUAGCUCUAGAUAGCAGGGCAAUGAAGAGGGAGAAUGAAAUGAUUACAGGGUGGAAUGAAAGUGCUAAAUGUUGUCUUAACUGAAUAUAAUCGUAAUCAAUAAAGUUCUAAUAAAGUUGA